AUGAGGUUGUUUGAGCUGGUUAUGGACAAGUGCCACAUGCAGUUUCCAAGACAGCUCCUUGCAGCUUUGCUUCGCAUUCUCCUGAUCUCGGCAAGUUGUGGUUUCGGCGAACUUUGCCAACCUGAGAUAGAUUGCGUUUCGCAGUGGAGUGCAGAUUAUCAAGAUUACUUCAGACCCCUGUCCUUUGCACGAGUGUAUGCCAAUGAUGCUGGAGCUCCUAUGCCGGACAGUGAGAAGACUUUGUCUGCGAUCGAGCUGCACCGCAUGAAGGACUCUGCGGAUCAGCUCCUUAGUUCAAGAGAGGAAGGUGGCAGGCUUCAGGCGCUGGAUCUUAUCGUUACCGAUGCAACAUAUAAAGUCUUGACAUGUUGGAACUCUGGUGGGCGGUUUUGGUACUUGGAAACUGAUGUUACCAGCUCUACAGCUUGCGUGCCUUCCGUUUGCACUGAAGAGGAUAUUGAGAGGAAUGUUGCCCGGAUGUUCUUUGAAAAGAUAGCUCCGCCCGGUUUCAGCCCGAAAAUCACGGUCGUGCGUGAGCUGUUUCAUUGGGGACAGAUGCAGCUGGACUUCGUCAUCAUUGGGAUGGAUGGUUGUGGAAGCACCUCUGUGCACAGGAUUCUUGCCAAGCAUACGGAAGUCACGUUCACCAACAUAUCCGUGUUCAACGUCGAUGAGGAUUUCUUCCUCAUAGAGACGGGCAGGCAAACGUUGCCUUUCCGUUCUCAAGUGGAGCGCUUGAACCUUUUUCGCAUGGAGCUCCAGGUGCUGAAGGGCAACACUCAGCUGGUCGGGCUUUAUCAGCCCUACAUGUGGCAUGUUGACUUGCUGAGGUUGGCGAUCAGGCAAAUGCCAAACCUGAGGGUACUGGCCACAGUUUGUGACCCUGUAGAUCGCUUUGAGCGUCGCAUGCACGGCCAGAGUAGGCCCUCGGACGAGAAGUUGUCGGAAUCUGUGGCAAAGCAGCUCAACGACGAUGCCUCGGUAAAUCUUGCACAGAAAUGGCGUGGGUGGCAUGCGGCCUUUGGGCACCGAAUUCUUUUUGUUGACCAGCUCAGACUCAGCUCCCAUGCAACGUGGAGUACCAUUUCCAAGUUCUUGAAAAUCCGGCCAUUCCCGCGCACCUUCCGUUUCCCACGCUACAAUGCACGUGGUUCACGGACGAACCUCUGUCAGCACCGGGAACUACUGGACGAGUUGAAGGAGCGCUUCAGGUCGGAGUACGACUUUUUGCAGGAAGUCUUGGGAUCCGAAGGCUUCAAGCACCGCUGGACUCACUGCGAAAGGAUGGAUUCCGUGAACAGCGCAUGCGUGAAGGACAGGUGUGCCUAG